CAUUCUGGAGGCAGCUAGGCUGUUAGCCGCUGAUGCUAACAACUUUUCAUUCAUACUGCCCUUCUUUUUUUGCUCCAUAGUCAUUACUCGUGUGGUCGCAUUCGUACGUUUCUGUCAUAUUUUUUUUUUGUCACGGUGCUACGGUAAUUCGCAUCAGUAUCAAGUCGCGAUGCAUGAAUAUAUAUCAGCCAAGGAUAAGAUAGUACCCCCCCACCACCACCACAAGCGAGGUUAGCCUAGCCUAGCUUCCUAGGUAGCCAGAACACUAAGCCCAUCUUUGACGUUAACUCGCGCAUAAUGCACGAAUCUGUCCCAACUCAACUAUUACGUUUAUUUAUCAAAGCCUCUGUCGUGAUUAUUCGAAGGGGAGGGUCGCGAUAGCAGCCCGUGAGAGUUCCCACAAAGCCAAACAUUGAAGUGUAACAGAGUCUUUGUGUUUGGCUGCUGAGGAGACGAAACUCUUUUUUUCCCCCAAAAUGGAUCUGUAAUGUGCACGCCCGCUACUUUAAUUCACUUUACGUUCAGGUUUGGAGUAAAGGGACGACUUAUGCUUGUUUUGCGGCCGGGCUAGCAAGUAGCUUCACAUCGGGAGAUAUUGAAAUACGAUCAAAUAUUAUCAUCCUCAUGUUAAGCCUUGAAUCCGCACAACCAGCGCUUCACAUCAUGGUGAUGGUGGACGAGUGAGGAUCAAUCCCGGCGUGGUCCUCUCUGUGCAACACACACACACACAUACAGACACACACACGCUUCCUCGAUGGAUUCAAGCAAUGAUGACACCCUGGAUAUCAUUGUCACCAACGUGGUGGCGACAUUCAGGACCAGGUGCCACCUCAACCUGCGGACCAUCGCGCUGGAGGGAACCAAUGUCAUCUACAAGCCCGAGGUCGGGAAAGUCCUCAUGAAGCUUCGUAAGCCCAAGAUAACUGCUUCCAUCUGGUCCUCAGGAAAAAUUAUCUGCACCGGCGCUACAAGCGAAGAAGAAGCGAAACUGGGUGCUCGCAGGUUGGCACGAUGUCUGCAGAAGAUUGGCUUCAAGGUGAGGUUCUCGGCCUUCAAAGUGGUAAAUGUGCUGGCCGUGUGCUCCAUGCCCUUCGCCAUCCACUUGGUGGACUUCACUAAGAAGAACCGGCCCAUUGCCAGCUAUGAGCCGGAGCUCCACCCGGCGGCCACCUACAGGAUCAAAACCAUCAAAGCCACCAUUCAGGUGUUCUCCACGGGCAGCCUCACAGUGACAGGACCAAACGUGCAGAACGUGGCCACGGCUGUGGAGCAAGUGUAUCCGCUCCUCUUUGAGUGCAAGAAGCCUCUCUGCAAAUGAUGAACACUUGAAAUCCAGCACGGGUCUGCAUACAUGGACGGAAACUGACACAAACACGGACACGUUCUUGCGGACUAGCUGCCGUUUUAGAAGUGAAAAAGAAAACCCGUUCAAACUCGUCUCGUCCCAUCGGAACAAGAAACCGGUAAGCCGACAAUGGCACUGAAGCUCAUUUUCUCCGUCCACGGAUAAAUCCUAACCUCUCCAUUUCUCAUGUUCAGCUAUUCACUUGACAGUCGUUACACACUAAAUUGCUCAUUUCUUGUACAUUUCUACACUUGCUGUAAAUUGUAAAUAUUUCUUCUUCUUUUUUAUUCCACUGUUGGCCCUUUGUAUAGCGAAAAGGAUGCAUUUAGGAUGUCUUUGUGUAGGUCGAGAUGGUUUAACUGCAGCAAACUUCAAAUUUGAGCUCUGUUUUGGUGAAGUGGCGCCGACGUGAUGGUUAAGUCAUUUGUAAUAUUUAUGCUCAUGCGAAUACCCCAACUCGAUCGAGUUUUACCCGUGUUACUCUUAAUUCCGGUCAAGGUCAUAGAAUCCUUUUCAACGGGAUCCCAGCUCAGAGCUGUCGAGUGUGACGCUCCCGUCGUGUCGGCUCUGCGGUGUUUUUCCACCAUUGAAAGAUGUGACUGUUUUGUAAUUUAUAUAAAAAUAAAGACGCAAUAAAUCAA